AUGUAUUUAGCCGGCACUCAGUGGUACUGGCUGAUUGCCAUGGUGACGCAGUUAACUGUCACCGCCCAUGCAGCUAUUGUAUGUGAGGGAUGGUGUUACCCAGAAGGCGUAUGUGUUAGCACAGACACUCAAUGUGGGUGCAAUAACUCGAUGGUCGUGUACUCAACGUGUGCUCACAGACUGCAACCCGACCUCGAAGCUGACUGUACAGGUAAAUGCCACAAUGACGGUACGUGUAUAUUACACAAUGGUUUAUCAAUGUGUGUUUGUCCGAAUAGUUAUUACGGAAACACGUGUCAGUUUGUUAGAACAGGAAGCUGCUCGACCCAAUUAUGUUUGAAUGGAGGCACAUGCAUAGACGAGUUUAUCGUCCCGUCUUACUGCCUUUGUAAAAAGGGUUACUAUGGAAACAGAUGCGAAGAACCAGAGGUCACAUAUUUCGAUGAAAGCGCGCGGCAUCCGCAACGUUUAUCCGCUGGAAACAUCGCCGCUAUUGUAGUGAUUGUGUUCACAACAAUUGGGUUGAGUGUAGGGGUAAGAUAUUUCCGAAAAUGGAAGAUACAAAGACUGAGAAGAAAUCGUCAAUCUCAUAACACCGUUUUAAAUAACCGACAAUACAUUGGAAGUUCCUCUCAUUCAGGCGUUAAUUUCGUGCAGGUCCCAGACGUUUCUCCACUUCAUUCUCCAAGUCCAGUUUUACAGUUAUCACCCAUCCCUUCAUCGUAUUCAUAUGCGAGUACGACCGGGUUGCUUACCGUGAAUCCUCCUCAAUCGGACAUGGGAGUUUUAGUGACUAACGGAGAGAUGCCACCGCCGUAUACCCCGAUAGUUGACCACAAUAUGACAUCUAAAUCAAAUAUGACGGGACUCCAACAGUUGAACUGUAGUAGUUUGGAAGAAACGUAAAGUCAAAUAUAAACAGGCAUAGUGGAAACAUGUAUACUCUUUAUUCGAAUGUGUUUUUGAGAAUUAUAUUUAUAUAUUUACUGAGAUAAUGAUACGAUAUAUUCGAGAGAAUCAUAGUUUUAUGGUUACUGUAAUAAAUAUAGAUCUUCACACCGA